AUGUACUGUGAUCCCCGUGGUAGAGUGGCUUCUGCGUUACCCUCACACAUAAUGGCCGCCUCCCUUUUCACGGGUCUCGUGUGUCUUCAUCUUUCCUACGCGAUGGCCGUACUGAUGCCCCGUGAGAUGUGCAUCUGCGUUACGAUAGGCACCUACUCAUUGCUCGGAGCUUUUCUGUUACGGUACUAUGUGGGUCAAGCAAUGCAUACGUGUUUACUGGAUAACUACGAAAUGAGGACUCUGCCUACACACAAUAACUGGACCAACUGGAUUUACCUGCAGAAGGCCACCUGGGAGCUCAACUGGAGGGCAAAUUUGAACCUCAUCUUGUCGAUUUCCAUCCUCCUUCCUAUUGCCUCUGCUCUUUUACUCUAUCUCUGGGUCUUCGGAGGCAAAAAUGCCUGA